AUGUUUCCCUUCGACCAAGCUCCAAAGUUUACGGCCCAGGCAGGCACUUGGGUCUUUGAGAACCCCGCUUUAGCUGCCUAUGCUGUAGCUGGGGCUGGAGGGGUUGCCGUUAUCGCUUCUCCAGUGCUGGUAACAGCCCCGAUUCUAUCGGGUCUAGGAUUCAACUCCGGUGGUGUUGCUGCAGGCUCAUACGCGGCUGGGGUUCAAAGUUCCAUAGGAAAUGUUGCAGCUGGUAGUUUGUUUGCCACAGGACAAAGUGCAGGGGCAGGUGGUCUGGGUUUGGUGUCUGUCAACACCGCUGCACAGGCAUGUGGUGCAAUCGCUGGUAUGGGAAGUGCUGGGUUCGCCUGGUUCAAAGGCAACAAAACUGGUUGA